ACGCUUGUGCUGGAUUGCCCGCAGCUGGAGCACCUUAAUGUAAACUCCUGCACUGCACUGCACCCAUCUGCUUACGGCUGCCGCCUCAACUGCCCGUCGCUGCGGUUCAUCCUGGCCGUUGGAUGCCCUGUGUCGCCUCACACCCUGCUGCGCUCUGCGUACCUUGGGGACCAAUCCCCAUGCAUGGGCGAUGGCACGGGCGAUGGUAUGGGGGAUGGCAUGGGGGAUGGCAUGGGUGAUGGCAUGGGUGAUGGCAUGGGUGAUGGCAUGGCAUGGGUGAUGGUAUGGUUGAUGGUACUGAGGAUGGUAUAG